CACUCCCACACUCCGCUAAACUGGAUACAAACUGAGACACAGCCAGGAGCGUGGGACAUAGUUCUUGUUUCAUGCUUUUGUAACUCCUAUCAGGGUGUUGGACAGUUGUUGGUAAUUGGCAGACAACUGUUGUUUUGGACCAAGAGGUUUUUCUCUUUUUUGACUAAUAGAUUUUUUACUUUUUGGACCAACAGUGUUUUUUUCUAAGUAAUGUUUUGGAGAGACCUGCACAGUGUUUCAGACUAGACAGACAGACAGACAGACAGACAGACAGACAGACAGACAGACAGACAGACAGACAGACAGACAGACAGACAGACAGACAGACAAGACAGAAAAGACAGAAAAGACAGAAAAGACAGAAAAGACAGAAAAGACAGAGACACAAAGCAAUCAACAUAAAGACACUCAGUGUUGGAAGACAGACAGGCAGACAACCAUGGGGGUUGAAGAACAGAGAGCUGGGAAGUUUUACGUGGAGAGGGAUGUUUUGGACGAGCUUUGCCUUGACCAGGUGGCCCGAAGACGAACACACUCCGCCACACCUCCCCUGAAGGAGAGGGUGAAAGAUUCCCUCAGGUGUUCCAUGCCCAAGCUGAAGCGCUCUGUGCUGAGCACUUUUCCUGUCCUGUCAUGGCUGCCACGUUACUCAGUGAGAGACAACGGCCUGGGAGACCUCAUCUCUGGCAUCAGCGUUGGCAUCAUGCACCUGCCUCAGGGUAUGGCCUAUGCUCUCCUGGCCUCUGUGCCUCCAGUGUUUGGUCUCUACACCUCCUUCUACCCUGUACUGGUCUACUGCAUCCUUGGCACCUCCAGACACAUCUCCAUAGGAACGUUUGCUGUGAUCAGCAUCAUGAUAGGCAGUGUGACAGAGAGGCUGGCCCCAGACAGUGACUUCACAUUCCUGAAUGGAACCAACGGGACAGCAGGUCUGGAUGUGACAGCCCGCGACGCCUACAGAGUACAGAUAGCAGCCAGCACCACUGUACUGUGUGGGCUCUUUCAGGUCCUGCUGGGCAUGGUGCGGUUUGGUUUCGUGGUGACGUACCUGUCGGAGCCCCUGGUACGUGGUUAUACAACAGGAGCAGCUACACACGUGGUCGUCUCACAACUCAAAUACAUCUUUGGUAUCCACCCUGCACGCUUCUCCGGACCACUGUCUCAGGUCUAUAUCCUAAUAGACAUCUGUAGACAUCUGCCAGAGACUAACAUUGGGGCCCUGGUGAUUAGUCUAGUGGCCUUGCUGGUCCUCAUAGUGGUCAAAGAACUCAACUCCUGUUAUGAGAAGAAACUACCUCUGCCUAUUCCCAUAGAACUCAUAGUGAUCAUAGCAGCAACACUCAUCUCCUACUACGGCAACCUGAACAGCCAAUACGACGUCGCUGUGGUUGGCGAGAUCCCCAGAGGGCUGAAGUCUCCCAGUCUACCUGACGUCAGUCUGUGGGGUACGGUGGUUGGUGAUGCAUUUGCUGUGGCCAUAGUGGGUUAUGCCAUCAACAUCUCCUUGGGCAAAACCUUCGGCCUGAAACACGGCUACAAGGUGGACAGCAACCAGGAGCUGGUGGCUCUGGGUCUCAGUAACACAGUGGGAGGAUUCUUCCAAUGCUACUCUGUCACCUCUUCUAUGUCCCGUAGCCUCAUCCAGGAGAGCACUGGGGGCAGGACACAGGUUGCUGGCGUGGUUUCUUCAGUGAUUGUGCUGAUCACCGUUCUGCAACUGGGGACACUGUUUGAGGAGCUACCCAAGGCUGUCCUGUCCUGCAUAGUGUUUGUAAACCUGAAAGGCAUGUUUAAGCAGUACCUAGACAUUCCUGCACUCUGGAAGAGCAACACAGUGGACCUGCUGGUGUGGUUGGUAACGCUGGUUUGUACUAUCCUGCUGAACCUGGACCUGGGCCUGGCUGCAUCCAUCGCCUUCUCUCUGCUCACUGUCAUCUUCAGAACACAGCUGCCACGGUACUCUAUUCUGGGGCAGGUUCCUGGGACUGAGCUCUACCUGGACACAGACACAUAUGAAGAGGCAAAAGAGAUCCCAGGUAUCACUAUCUUCCGUUCCUCCACCACAGUGUACUAUACCAAUGCUGAGUUAUACCUGGACGCAUUGCAGAAGAAGAGCGGUAUUGACAUUGGGAAGCUGCUGACGAGAAAGAAGAAAAGAGACGCUAAACAAAAGAGGAAAGACGAGAAAGAAGAAAAGAAAGCUAAAAAGGAGGCAAAAAAACAGAAUGGUGUGAAUGGACACAUACCCAAUGGUACAGUCCACCCAGAGGACAAGGUGGAUGUAGAGAAGGGCUCCCCUAACCUGAAGGGAAACAGGACAGACAUCGCCCUGACUGACAGACCCACUAAUGGACAGGUGAACUGGGCCUACGAGCAGCAAUGGACCAGGUUGGACCUGGGCUCUGAGACUGGUAGUCAUGGCGAUGAUGCCAUAACCCAGACGUCCAGUACCGUAGGAGAAGAGCAGAGGGGGAGGAGCUCGGACAUUGACACACAUACCAUCAUCCUGGAUCUCUCCACAGCCAGCUUUGUAGACACCGUCACUGUGAUGAUGCUGAAUAACAUAUUCCGAGACUAUAGAGAGAUUGACAUUGACAUCUAUUUAGCUGGAUGCCAAGUCUGUGUGGUGGAGCAGUUAUCCAGAGCAAGCUUCUUCUCUGAGUCCAUCACUAAGAGCCGUCUGUUCACUACCGUCCACGACGCCGUGCUACACAGCCUCCGGCUGCAAGGGGCCUCAGACGUUCCCAUCUACGAGUGUGCACUGGACAUGGCCUGCACUACCAAGAUGUAACCAACAGGGGUCACUUCGGUCACAAACCUUUAUGGAAAAGAAUAAAUAAUGAUUACUAAUUUUAAAUGAUGCAAUAUUGAUAACAUUAUGGGGUUGGAAAUGAAGUACCAAUGUACCCCGAUGAUUCGAGUUCUCUUGAGUCCACAAUCUUUAACACAGCACAUAUAUCAUAAUACCAUAAAUACCAACCCGUUAUUGUAAUGGUGAGAGGUUAGCAUGUCUUGGGUGGUAUGCUAACCUCCCCUGUUAUUGUAAUGGUGAGAGGUUAGCAUGUCUUGGGGGGUAUGCUAACCUCCCCUGUUAUUGUAAUGGUGAGAGGUUAGCAUGUCUUGGGGGGUAUGAUAUUUGUGUGUCUGUAACGUUCUAACUCAUCAUUAUUCCCAAUUCAUUCAGGAUUAUCCGUAAUCAUGGUAGCACCCACAUUAAUGUAGAAGUGUUUAGAAACAUACUCUAAUCUUAUCUACAAUAAAAGUGACUUCAAAAUGA